UUACAUGUUUGUCCGUGAAUGCAGCACUACCAACACUUCCGGGAUAGCGUGACGUAAAGAAGCUAACUACUCUUUAUCCGGUGUUUACCUUCGAUUAAACUAAAUACAAUCAUGUCAUUUAAAAGGGAAGGGGAUGAUGGGAGCCAACUCAACAUUUUAAAGAAACGGCGUGUAUCUGACCUUUUGUCCAAUUUUAUUCCGGAGGAUGAAGCUGCUCUUCUGAGUAAUGGAAGGUACACGUGUCUUGUGUGUUCGUAUCGUCCAGUGUUUGACACAGUUGACAUGUUGACUGUCCACAGGCAAGGAAAGAAGCAUUUAGAGGGUUUAAAAUCAUUUUAUGGCAAAAAGUCAAAGCUCAAGAAUGAAAUUGCCAAAAGAAAACAUGAAAACUAUGUCAAAGAAGAGGACCAACAGGAGCCCUCCAGUUCUGCCCCUUUACUGGCAAAGACACGGAAACUUACCCAUCAUGCUCUUCUGAAGACUGUUCCAUACAAUAGCUGCCACAGAAAAACUAGUACAAAGUUGGAUAAAGGACCAUCAAGCUCUGCUGGAAACAUGUGCAACAAACUCCCAUCUGCAUGUUGGAAAGCUGACAUUUCUGACAAUCAAUCCACAAGUGAUUCUAUUGAGUUCAUCACAGAGUCUUGUUCAUCCAAAGACGGAAAGCAGAUUCAGUCGGAGACGAGACAAACGACAGAAGACAUAACACCGCAGAGGCGAAGAGAGCUGGAGCACUACCUCAAACUGAAAAGCAGUGGCUGGUUACAAGACAGAAGCGGACAAUGGGUCAAAGACGAGAACGUGGAGUUUGAUUCCGAUGAGGAGGCGCCGCCUUCACUUGCCCCUUCGGAUGAUCACUAAAACACAUUCUAGGAAGGAACGAAGAAGAAAGGUGUGAAAAUUCAGAUCAUCCGUUCCCACAACGGUGAGAAAGCAGAUAAACAGACGUUUGAAUACCUAUUAUAACAGUCCUUGAUGUUUUCAUUUUCCUGAGGCCUCCAGGCGGUCAUCUGAGCCCUCUGAGCAUUGUUUGACUGACGAACGUUCAGACACUGACGUCUAUGUAGCCACGUCAAUACAGUGUUAAAAACUCUGCAUAAUCUCAGUUUAAAUUACCUGCAGGAGUUGUGGGAGUUCAAAUUGAACCUAAAAGUUAUUAUCCAGUCAGAAAUGUACCUUUGCUUGUAAGUUUCUCAGUGAAUUGCACAGUUUUUGUUCAUUUCUUUGGACUUCAUAGAACAGUUUAUAUUAAAGAAUUGUGGAUUUUUUGAAUUGAA